UCUGACAGUUACUGUCGUUAUUCGAGCACAACAACAACGCGCUAAAGACAAACAACAGAUCAAGCUCGUCCUGAGAGCAUCAUGAGUGUGCUGAAAACAUGGCUUCAAAACCAGAGCAGCUGCUGAUUGUUGUUUCAGUUCUCGAAGGCCGUCAGUUUCCCAGGAGUCCGCGGCACACGCUGGUAGUCGAGGCUCGCUUUGACGGAGAGACGUUGGCCACAGACCCCGUCGAACACAAAGAGCAGCCGCAGUUCUGCACUGAGCUGGCCUGGGAGCUCGACCGCAAGACGCUGCAUCAGCACCGACUCCAGAGGACACCCAUCAAACUACAGUGUUACGCCGUCGACUCCGGCACGUCUGCGAGGGAGUGUGUGGGAUACAUCGUCCUCGAUCUCAGAUCACUGCAAGAGAUCAAGCAGGCUCCUAAAUGGCAUCCUUUACUCAGUAGCAAGUACACGAAACUGAAACCUGCUCUUCUGAUCAGCAUGAUCUUAGAGAACGACACCAAACCAACAGCUGAGCAGUUCAAGGCAAAGAAAGCUCCACCGAGGCCAGGCUCUCCGGCGCUGGUUCCUCUGGACUCUGGUGAACUCAGGCCGGUUCUGAACGAGGAAGAAGGCUUUCAUCAGAUCGGACCUGAAGAUGUCUGCGCUGACAUGUUUGUGCUGUCGGUAACGGUUGCGUUUGCUACUAAACUGGAGCAGUUGAUCUCCAGCUCGACUAAGCUGUCCAGCGAGGGCGCAGAGUUCUUCUUCUAUUACACUCUGUUGGGGAACGACGUCACCAGCGAACCUUUCCAGAACCUCCUCAGUCCGAACUUCGAGCCUGAGCGAGCGUCCGUCCGCAUCCGCAGCAGUGAGCGAGUCCUGCGGCUCUUCCUCGCACAGCAGCCCUGUCUGCAGAUCCAUCUCUGCUGUGGAAAGCAGUCUCUCGGCAGCACUGACGUCAGUCUAGCUGGGUUAAUGACGAGCAGCGCUGAUCUCACUAAACGUCCCGCUAUUAUAGAGGGCGCUUUCAUCCUGCAGCCCCUGAACCGAGUGAAGCCCAGCCUGCGGUGUGUCCCGCCGGACCUGCAGCCGACUGUGAGCGUGUCUGUGACACUGAGAGCCGAAGAUAUCAACAAUCAGCUGGAAGUACCCAUUGAGAAUGGACCAAAAACUCCAGUGAAGAAAGGCCCCGUUCCAGCCGCCCGUCGUGAACGUCCCUCAGAGGAGCCCAGAGCCCUUAGGACCCCAUCACCGGACCGGCCUCUCCGUUCUCCAGACGCUUCUCCUGAGCACCAGCACUCUGAGAGCGAGGCUGAGAGUCUGUGCAGUGAUAUCAGACAGGCCCCACCCACAGUGCAUGACAGACAGGCCCUGCCCACAGCGCACGAUGCACCUGUUGUCCCAGAUGUGACUGAAGCUGAUGCUGCAGACUCGUCCGUCUCCGUUUCUGCACCGAAGAUCUCCAUCCCUGCGUCUGCACAUCACUACUGCUUCUCUCUGGACCUGCGCAGCAUCCGAGACCUCAGGACCAGCUUCCCCAUCAACUGCGUCCUCCGAUACGCUUACCAGUUCUUCGGCAGCGCGGCUCCCAUCAUGACGAGUCCAGCGGUGGAGGUGAAGAAGAACACGGAGGUGUUUCUGCCGCAGUCGUACUGCGCCUUUGAUUUCGCCGCUUUACCCAAUCAGCUUCAGGACACUUUCCUCAGGGUUCCUCUGACGGUGGAGAUGUGGCACAGAGAGCCCAGCUCUCCAGAUGUUCUGCUGGGUUCUGUCAGCAUUCAGCUUUCCCGUCUCCUCGGCUCCGAGAAAACACGCUUCCUCGACCCAUCCGGUCAUCAGCAAUGGAGACAGAGCUGUUCUGAGAGGAUCCCCAUCAUGAAAGCAGACGGGUCUGAGAAGUUGGCUGAACUCUGUUAUGUGAGCGUUCUUGAAGAUCUGGGGUUUGUGAAAGCUCAAGACGUCCUCGUCUCUGAAUCGUCACAGGGGCCGCCGGCAGCUCUGGCUCCUCCCCCUCAGGGCCCCGGGGGGGCGGAGCCUCUCACUCGACCUCGAGAGACCCCGGAGUACAAGGCAGCGCUGGAGCUGGAGAUGUGGAAGGAGAUGCAGGAGGAUCUGUUCGAUAAUCAGCUGAAGCAGAAGGAGUUGAGUCACAUGCAGGCGCUUGCGGAGGAGUGGAGGAAGAGAGAUCACCAGCGGGAGGCGCUCAUCAAGAAGAAGGAGAUGGAGUAUAAUCUCCUGGAGGAGCAGCUGCAGAAGACUCUGUCUGAACUGGAGAAGAGAGAGAAAGCUCUGGUUCACGCUGAGAUGGAGACGCAGAGGCUGCAGCGAGAGCUCCGCUCCGAGCACGAGUUCAGUAUGCGGGAGCUGCAAGACAGCGGCCGGCGUCUGCGCGAGGACUGCGCUCACCAGGUGGAGCUGGAGAGGUCAAAGGUCAGGCAGCUCGAGGAUCUACUGGCUCAGCAGCGACAGCAGAUACAAGAGGCUGAGAACAAAUGCAAGCAGCUGGAGAAGGAGUUCGAGCUGUACCGGGAUCAGCAGAACGUCCGGCCCGAGGUCCGUCUGCAGUCAGAGAUCAACUUGCUGACCCUGGAGAAGGUGGAGCUGGAGCGUAAACUGGAGUCUGCAACUAAAUCUAAACUGCAUUACAAGCAGCAGUGGGGACGAGCCCUGAAGGAGCUAGCCAGGUUUAAGCAGCGCGAGCAGGAGAAUGCUAUGACACGCCUGAAGAAGCAGCAGCAGGAGCUGGAGCACAUGAGGUUACGCUACAUGGCCGCUGAAGAGAAGGAAGCCGUCAAGAACGAGAAACAUGAGCUCCAGGACAUCCGAAACGAGCUGAACAGGCUGAAGCCGCAGGAGGAGCCGCGCAGCUGGAGGGACACGGCACACGCGUGUGCGAGCGAGAGCGCCGACGAACACGUGACACGUCUGCUGGAGGAGAGAGACACGCUGCUGCGCACCGGCGUCUACACGCAUGACGACAGGAUCAUCUCUGAGCUCGACCGGCAGAUCCAGCAGGCCAUGAGCCACAGAAACACGUGACACGCGGGGCAUCAGCGCACCAGUUCACUUCCAUGAUGUAGAUGUGUGGUUUCAGCAGGUGGCGCUGCUUCUCAAUAAAUCACUGCAGGAUUAUUAACACUUCAGAGAUUCAUAAGCCUUUUUAUGUGACUGUUUAUAGUUUGAGUGUGUUUGACUGUGUGUGUGUGUGUGUGUGUGUGUGUGUGUGUUUGUGAGAGAGAGAGAGUAGUG